GUCAAAUUCUGCCACUACGAUCCACGCAAGCAGUUUAUUGAGUUGUUCAGCACUCUGCUUCAGUUCUUUGUGAAAUUUCCUGCAUCAGCCUGACGCACCGGGCCAAAUCUGAUCUCCAAGGAAUACAGAAAUUCACCUCGAUGCACAUUCUCACUGUGGCACUUUGACUGCAGUCCUCAAUAGAAUUACUGGCCAACAUCUACUGUUGGUAUACGUAACAGACGGUCGCCGGGCCCUGUGUUGGCAGAGCAUCAGGGACCCUGGCACGCACUGGCUGCAAAUAACUAUGCCUGCCUCCUAGUUGCCUAGCCUGGUGCAAGAGGCUGCUUGGCGAUGGGGUGCCUUGCGGCUGGCUACAACUCAGCGAAAUAUUUCUACUUUGCGGGCUUGGCGCUCACGGCGGUUCUCACCUGGGUGCUGCGUGACUAUGCUUCGCCCGCCCUGGGCCAUAUUGGCCCUCUACGUGAUUGUCUGGUCAUCACAGACAGUGUACUGAAGGCAACCUGUGUGGGCAAGGGAGUGGUGCUACGCAUCAGCUUUGGCAACUUCAUCUUCUUCGCGGCGCAUCUGCUGUUACUGCUGUGCGUCUCCAAGGAGGCUGACCUGCGCCGUUUCUUCCACACCGGCCUGCUGCCUCUGCAGGGCAUUGCCUGGGUCGGCAUCAUCAUCGCCUGCUUUGCGAUGCCCAACCAUGUCUUCAGCGUCUAUGGCCAGAUCGCGCGGGUGUUGUCGGGCUUUUUCCUCAUUAUCCAGAUCAUUCUGCUGCUGGGCUUCAUCUAUGCAAUCAAUGAGUACCUGAUCGACAAGGACCAUGCCAGCCACAAGGUGGCGCUUGUGGGGGCCACGGUGUCCAUGUAUGCAUGCGGCCUCGUCAUCAUCGGCUUCAUGUACCACUUCUAUGCGCCGACCGCCUCCUGCAGCCUCAACAUAUUCUUCAUCACCUGGACCCUCAUCAUGGGCAUCGCCUACUCCAUCUUCUCGGUGACACCCUACAGGUCCAAGGCGGCAGGCCUGCUGACAAGCGCGACCGUCUUCAUCUAUACUGCAGUGGUGCUCUUCAAUGCACUCUCCAGUGAGCCUCCGGGCAGAUGUGUGCUCACUGCUGGCAAUGUGUCUAAUGGGCUGCAGAUCUUUUUCUUCUUCCUGGGGCUCGCGAUCAUGCUGAUCAGCGUCAUGACGUCUUCUCAAGAGGCGGCCUCCUUCCGCCUGGGCUCUGGCAGCUCUUCUGAUGGCGACCUGCCCUACAGGGCGGACUUCUUUCAUCUGAUCUUCAUGCUGGCGUCGGCUUACAUCGCCAUGGUGUUCACCACGUGGAAUCUGGAGGGCGUCUCGGGGCGCCAAACUGGGGAUAAGGGAUGGGUGAGCGUGUGGGUGAAGAUUGUCAGCCAAUGGGUCAGCGUGCUCCUUUACUCCUGGAGCAUGGCAGCCCCGGUAAUUCUCAAGGACAGGGAAUUUGUUUAAUUGCUGCUUGAAGGAUGAUCAAAUGCAUAGAACUGGCCCCGUGGACUCCAAAACAGAACAACCGGAUUUCAGAACUCCAAGAAGUUUUUAAGCUAUAACACAGACCAGAUGAAAACUUGCAGGCUGUCAGGUGGCCCUUGGAAAGCUCCCGGUAAUCUUGUGGAUGUUUUUUAUUCUUGUGUUACCCUGCUCGUGAUUACGGCUCAGUAUGCCUGCCUGGCUACCAGUACAUGCACAACAGUCUGGACAUGUGAGUUCUGAUGUGGCAUGUGUCAGCUGGCGAGAAUACUCACAUGGUUUGGAAAAACGCCAG